AUGGCGCUCUGCAACAUGCGACUCGCGGAGGAGAGAAAACAGUGGCGGAAAGACCACCCCUUCGGCUUCUGGGCCCGACCCGUCAAGCGAUCCGAUGGCGUGAUGGACCUCAAGGUCUGGGAGUGCGGCAUUCCCGGCAAGGAGAAGACUCUGUGGGAGGGUGGUGUUUUCAAAAUGACCAUGACGUUCCCGGAUGAGUACCCCACCAAGCCGCCCAAGUGCAAGUUCACGCCGCCCCUCUUCCAUCCCAACGUCUACCCGUCCGGCACCGUCUGCCUGUCGAUUCUGAACGAGGAGGAGGGUUGGAAGCCUGCUAUCACCGUCAAACAGAUUGCGCUCGGUGUCCAGGACCUUCUCGACAACCCCAACCCCGAGUCGCCCGCCCAGGCGGAGGCCUACAAUCUUUUCAAGAAAGACAAGGCCGAGUACGAGCGCCGAGUUCGUCGCGUCGUGCGAGAGAACGCUCCGUAG